UUCGGCCAAUUAGCGAUCUUCGCUGUAGACCUGUCUGGCCUGUUACUGGGCUGGUUGCCAGUUGGCCAACCAGUCGACGGUUUUAUCCCUUUCACACCGUCAUUUCACUCCAUCCACCACGUGGUCAGUCGUGCAUACACACAAUCGCAUACUCAGAGGUUCAAGCAGACACAUACUAUGGCAUGUGGACAUGGGUUGGCUAAACCCAGGCAUGACAGGGUAUUGCGUGAAAUUCUCUCCCAACACGUCAGGGUAUGCAAACAAUACUUUGAUUGCAGCCGCCUGACCAGUUUGGGGCCGGUUAUUACCUGUGAUAAGUCUGCACAUCUGCUGGAGUUGUUCCGCUUCUGGCUCUAA